CUACGGAACCAGUCUCGUUUUGUUCGCAUUCAUCUCGCCAUGGAUGAUACGUACUGAACCAAAGUUAACUAUAAUACAAAAAUAUCGUUGUCGUCGUUAUUGUUAUUAUUUCGUGGUGAUGAUGUUCACGUAAGACACUGCUUAAAACAUACCAGCGUUGUAAGACGAUUACGACGACGACAAGAUGAAGGGUCAACCGUCAGGGUUACUGCUGUUGCUAGCGCUCCUGUUCACUCCGUCCAUGGGCCAAUUGUGCUAUGAACCAACCGAGUCGGAUCCGUACCUGUAUUUUUCGCACAAGACUGCCUAUCAGCUGAUAUACAACUCCAAAUUCAAACCGGUACCCUAUUGCCGUCCGACUUUCAUGUGGAUGUAUAUUAGGCAUGGCACAAGUUAUCCGAAUACCAAUGAGUCUCUAGCUAUUCGUCAGUUGCAUCUAUUUAAGGAUAGAGUGAUAAAAAACCACGAAGAACGUGGAAACGGACAUUUAUGUAAAAACGUACUAGACAGUCUAAAACGAUGGGAAUUUGAAGUUAAUCCUACUUCGGAAGACGAUAUUUCACCGCAGGGAAGAAUGGACAUGAACUUAAUGGCGAAAAGAACCAAAGACAAAAUGAGUGAAGUUUUUGUGAAAGAAAUCAAUCAAAAUACAUUUAAAAUUUAUUCUAAUGAAGAUCGAAAAGUUAUGAAUAGCGCUGAAGAAUUUUCUAAAGCCAUGUUCGGAGAAGGUUUUAAGAGUAAAGUCCAGAUCGAAAAAGUCGAAAACAAUUCAACUUUCAUUGGGUUGGAAAGCUGUCCUAAAUGGACGAAUGAGAUUCGAAAUUCCGAAGCUUCACUGUUUCGCAAGACACCCGAAUACUUGAACUUGGUGAGCCAAAUAAGUAAAAGGCUAGGUUUUCUAGACAAUAUAACUGAUGAUAUAAUAUAUGCAAUGUACGAAUCAUGUCGGUACAACAAGGCGUUGGUACUCAAAUCUUAUCCGGUGUGGUGUGGCUUGUUCACUAGACAAGAACUACAACUUCUAGAGUAUCACGAGGAUUUGGACUAUUACUAUAAAUACGGAUACGGCUCCGACAUAAACUCAAAGGUGGGAUGUCCUAUCAUUCGAGAACUAAUAGAAUAUUUAAAUGCUGUGGCAAAAGACGAUGUCGAAAGACCUUCGGCUGUGUUUAGAUUCGGUACCUCUGCUGGACUGUUAACCACGUUGUUGGCGUUGGGCGUGGCGAAAGACUCAGUUCCACUGACCCAUUCUAAUUACCAUUCUCAGUAUCGUCGUCAGUGGAGAAUGUCACAAGUGGAUCCGUUUUCCGCAAAUUUGGCUGCCGUGUUUUACAAGUGCGACCAGGGCGACGAAGAGAACAAAGUGAUGUUCUACUUGAACGAGGGCGUGUACGACUACCAGGGCUGCAACGUUGGGCUGUGCUCGUGGAAAUUUAUUGAAGACAGAUUCAAAGAGUACCUCGGGCCGGACGGCUGCAGUGAAGUAUGUCACGACCAGAGCAAAGCGUCCAGUAUCCAGAGCGUCGUUUUCAUCACCGCGUUGCUUUCAAUCAUCGUACUAGCGUUUGCGCACGUUUGAGUUGCAAUGCGAUUUUAUUUUUAUUUGGCUGUGUCAUAAUCAUUGUAUACUAUGUUUACGUAUUUAAGACUUAAAAAAAUAGAAAAAGGAAAACAAAAACGA